UCUCGGCCCGGCACUGUGUGCAGCCGGCAACCCACGACCGAGCGCCGAGCCUCGCCCCAUAGGGCGGCCAGGCCCGGUCGUGCACCCUCGCGGGCGAACUAUGAAGCGUAUGGGGACUCUGCGGCUGCUUUCCGACCUCAGCCACUUUAGCGGCGCGGGCCGGCUCCGGGAGUUGCUGGCCGGGGACCCAGCCGUAAGAGUCCGCUGCAGCCCGGACGGCCGUCACCUGCUGCUCCUGCGACCCCCGGGGGCGCCGAGCCCACAGCUGCUGGUCGCGGCGCGUGGCCCCAGCGCGGAGCUGGAGCGUGCCUGGCCGGCCGGCCACACCUCACCGCUAGAUGCCUUCUUCCUGCCGUGGCCGGCGCGACCGGCGCUAGUCCUGGUGUGGGAAAGUGGCCUAACCGAGGUGUGGGGCGCGGGAGUGGGGCCUGGCUGGCGGCUGCUGCGGAGCACCGAGCUGUGUCCGGGCGGUGGAGCCCGCGUGGUGGCCGUGGCGGCGUCCCGAGGCCGCCUGGUGUGGUGCGAGGAGCGGCAGGAUGGCGCUGAGGGCUGGCAAGGGCCGCCUGCUGCUUUCAGCCACUGCGUGUGCUUCCGAACCCUGGAGCCCAGCGGGGAGGCCGGCACCAACCUGGGCCGCACACACAUCCUGCUGCACCACUGCCCCUCUUUCGGACUACUGGCCUCCCGCAAGGACCUCUUCCUGGUGCCCACUGCCACUACUUGGCCUGGCGUGAGUCACAUUCUGCUCAUCUGGAGCCCAGGCAAGGGCAAGGUGGUGGUGGCUGCCCCAUGUCUUGGCCUCUCCCACAGUCAGAGCCUGAAUCCCGGACGAGGGGACACAUGGGACUUCCGGACACUGCUCCGAGGUCUUCCUGGGCUGCUGUCCCCCAUGAAGCCAUUGACUGUACAUACCUGGGCCCCAACUCCCCAGGGACUGUUAUUGCUUGACUUCAGGGGCACUGUGAGCCUGGUGCAAUCCCAUGGUGGUACGCGGGCUGUGGGCACACUGCAGGAGGCACCUGCAGGCCUGGCAGGGUCUGCAGCACUGGGAACAUUUCAUGGGACUCUGGCUUGUGUGCUGGGCUCCACGUUGGAACUGCUGGACAUGGGCAGCGGGCAGCUGCUGGAGAGGAAGGUCCUAAGUACAGACCGAGUACAUUUACUGGCACCCCCAGCCCCUGGCAUGGAGGAUGAGGAAGAGCUGGAGAUCCGAGGGGGUCUUCGUUUGCUUUCAGCCUUGGGUCUGUUUCGAGUAGGCUGGGAAGCCCCACAGGGCCUUGAGGUGCCUUCAGCUGAGGACCUGGUGUUCGAGGAGGCCUGCGAGUACUACCAGCGACGGAGCCUGCGGGGUACCCAGCUCACCCCGGAGGAACUGAGACACAACAGCACAUUCCGGGCACCUCAGGCUCUGGCCUCCAUUCUCCAGGGACAUGUGUCCCCAUCUACACUGUUGACCACACUGAGGGCUGAGCUUCGAGAUUACCGGGCCUUAGAUCAGCUCAAAGCCCACCUGGUGGCUGGGGAUGAUGAGGAAGCUGGCUGGACUGAGCUGGCAGAGCACGAAGUGGCACGCUUGCUGAGGACGGAACUGGUGGGAGACCAGCUGGCCCAGCUCAACACAGUUUUCCAAGCCCUUCCUACAGCAGCCUGGGGUGCCAUCCUCAGGGCCCUGCAGCUCCAGCCAGACGGGAAUGGCAGGUUGAGGUCCCAUGCUCCCCCUGAUGUGUGGAAGAAGGUACUAGGAGGUUCUUCAGCUGCAAAGGAACCCCCCAAUGGGAUACUGCCCGUCUUUGAACUUCUGUGCCAGUGCCUCUGCCGGCUGGAGCCGCAAUGGCUGCCACCCUUUGUGGAACUGGCACAGCAGCAAGGUGGGCCAGGCUGGGGGGCGGGGGCCCCGGGGCUGCCCCUGUAUCGUCGAGCCCUGGCAGUCCUAGGUGAGGAGGGGACCAGAUCUGAGGCGCUGGAGCUGGAGCUGCUCUUGGGCAGUGGGCGGCCCAAAGCUGUGCUCCAAGCUGUGAGGCAGCUUGUCCAAAAGGAGCAGUGGGAGCGGGCUCUAGAAGCAGGCCUGGCCCUAGGCCCCUCCAGUCCCCUGCUUCGAAGUGAGAUCUUCAAACUGCUGUUGGCCGAAUUUGCCCGGCACCGUCGACUUGAUGCUCACCUCCCUCUCCUUUGCCGCCUGUGCCCACCAGACUUGGCUCCAGCUGAGCUCCUGCUUCUACUACGGACACACCUCCCAGAUGAUUCAGACCCCCUUACCCCAUUCCCUGAGCCAGGAACAGAGCCUCCUCUCACCGUGGGCUUGCUCAAAACCCUGCUGGAGCAGACUGGGGCUCAAGGACGGCCCUCGGGCCCAAUUCUAAGCCUGUAUGAGGACAUCCUAUGGGACCCAGGCACUCCACCCCCCACCCCACCUCGGGGACCUAUGACUACCCUCCAGGCAUCAGACCACUCAGGCUUGGAGGCCUGGGCACCAUCUGGACAGGGCCUCUGUGUGACUGACACAGGCUGAAAUUCAUUUCUAGGACACAGCAAUCAGGGAAGGUGCCUAGGAGCUGGCCCAGAGCCAGGGUGGGUCCUACGCGUGCAAUACUUUUCUCUCUUCUAGAGCAAUCUUAAAAUAUAUAUAUAUGAUAAAUGUAUGAUUUAAUAUAUAUAUUUGGUCUGACCUCAGGUUAUUGUGCUAGUGCAGAGCUCCUAAAACCCUUGGAAUUUCCUGAGUGAUAGGAGGGUGCCUUUUGUUAUUCAUAAGGAGCUUCUUUAGGUCACAUUAGCAUUUAUGCUAAUGAGGUAACUUAAGGUGGGGACACCCACCUGAAAGACCAAGGGAGGAGAGGGUUGGAACUUUCAGCCCUAUCUCCAGCAUCCUGGGAGGCCAGUGGGGCUAGAGAUUGAACUCUAUAGAAACUCCUGAAUGAGGAAAUUCUGUGAGAGCACAUGGAGGUGCUGGGAGGGUGAAACCCCCCAGAGAAGACAUGGGAGCUGCACACACGCCCCUCCCCCCAACCUGUGCCUUGCCCUAUGGAUCACUUCCAUCAUGCUAUUCCUUUGUAAUAAACUUAUAAAUGUCAUUAAA